CUAAGCUGCCAAGUGGCAUCACACUCUGUUGCUUCUUUCUCUUGGAUUCAGUGGAAAUUUCAAACCGAAUACACUCGACAUUUUUUUUUUAAUCAACAGUUAUAGCCAGAAACUGAAAGAAAUAUUUUCCAAACCCAAAGCACUUGGUUGUCCAGACGCAAAACUACACCAAGUACUUGUAGCUUUGAAUGAAGAAAAAAGUGUGCGGAAAUGAUAGUAGAAAGCGAGAGUUUGGAAAAGUCAUAGCGGAGUAAGAAAACGUCGCUGAGGCCUCGUCGGAGGAACGAUGAGGCGGCCUCCAUCGGUACACCAAUAUCGUUGAUAGUUUGUAUAACAUACUUGUAGAUUGACAGUAGAUCAAUUGAUGUACAGUUUGCAGCAGACGCGUAACACCCCGUGCUUUAAUUUACGUACGUACUUGGCAUAUACGUAUUACACGGAUGGCGCAAACAUCGCGAGAUAAGAGAGAACAACUCGAGUGAUCGUCACAGUGUGGAUGUGGAGUUUUCCUCUUUGCAAACGAAAAAAAAAUCACGUGGCUCUCGGUGGUAUACCCACGACGCGCCGGAUGUUUUGUUAAACAGUGCCUUCCUCUCUCUUCGACGUUAUCGGUCUCUGCAUACAUACACACGUACACACGUGCAUCGACAAUUUGCAUGUGUUUCUUUUUUUUUUUUUUUUUUUUUUUUCUCAACCCAAGAGAGCAGGACAGUCUACGAUAAGUACCAUGGCUCACUCUGACGAUGCGUGUAACGUGAAUUACGUUAUUUUCGUUCGGUGGUUCGGUCAGUGAUGACAAACAUUGCCCGCUGUGUGUUUAUCGUCUCGCUUAUUAACCGUUGAUAUACUCUUGAUACACAUAUGUAAGAGUGUACAAGAUAAUAAAUAUAUACUAGAAACACCGAUAACGAUGUUACAACUGCUACGCUGAUGACAGUUGUGUGAAAAAAAAACAAAACAACUGUUAUAAGUAUACAUCUGUACCAAUUACUUGAUGCGCGCAGCUGAGCACAGUCAGGAUUCACUAAAGAUUGGCCAUUGGUACUUAUUUACUUGGAUCGUAGUUGAUCGAGAGAUCCGAAGCUUUGAGUUGCACGAUGUCGGCCGAAAAGAUUUACGAGGAUGCUCGGAAAUGCGUGAACGGCACGAAAGGCGGUGAAGAUUGGUGCCCGACGGUCUGGGACGGCCUCAUGUGUUGGCCGUCGACGCGACCCGACCAGGACGCCGUUCAAAGCUGCCCCGACAUCCCCCAAUUCGACCCGAGGUUCAACGCGACGAAGCAGUGCUUGGUUAACGGCAGCUGGUACCACGAUUCCGAGUACGGACAAUUCUGGACCAAUUACACCGAGUGCUACCUGCCCCUGCCCGCGGAGGACUUGCAAAUUUUCGAAGCGUGGCUGCCAAUAAUAAAAAAGAUAUCCCGUCUGUGCAACGGUAUUUCCAUGGCAUCCCUCGUCACGGCCAUAUGCAUCCUCAUGUUCGUGAGCAGGAAGCUGCGGUGCGCGAGAAACACCUUGCACAUGAACUUGUUCUUCUCGUUCAUAAUGCGGGGUAUCACGUACACGCUCAGGGCCGACGUGUUUCAGCCGAACGACGAGCUGAUCAAUCCCAAUAAUCCGGACAUAGAGACGCUGGCCCUGCACUGCAAGGCCCUGACCGUCGUCUGGCAAUAUUGCUUCAUGGCUAAUUAUUUUUGGAUUUUCAUGGAAGGCUGUUACAUCAGUUACAUCGUUUAUCACGCCCUGCAGGCCAUCGACACCAACGUCAGGUGGUUCAUCGCCGCCGGUUGGGGUAUGCCUGCCGUGUUCACCGUCGUCUGGGUGGUACUCAAAAUAUAUCACGAGAACGAGUACUGCUGGAUCGUCAACGACGUCAAGUGGUUGUACGGCAUCAUAGCGUACCCCACCACUGCUGUCGUAUUCAUCAAUUUCGGUUUUUUCUGCUACAUGCUCUACACGCUGCACUCGAAAAUACGACCGUCGGAGACGCAAGCGAACUUCAUGAGAAGCAUAGCGAUACUGAUACCGCUAUUCGCAGCCCAUUACGUCAUAUUGGUUUUCUUCCCGUACACCUCGAAAUACGAAGACAAGACUUGGCUGCUGCUCUACUUGGUUGUGGAUCAAUUGAUUACCUCCCUACAGGGCCUGUUCGUAGCGACGAUCCUGUGCUUCCUGAACGCGGAGGUGCGCCACGAGGUCAAUCAAAAGCUACGCAAGAUGACAUUGGCAUCGGAUCCCCUGCCCAACGGCGCUGCCCCGUCGACUACCGCCCGCGGCUUUCAAGCUCUGUUGAGGCGAUUUUUCGUAUGCAUCUGCAGUGCCUCGUUUCUCCUGAGAUCUCGACGCCACUCCGAAGUCCACACGCAAGAUAGAUCUGAUGGAAAAACGAGCGCUAUACAUCGCCAAUCCGCGACUUCGCGGUGCUGAUCGAUAUCAAAGGUGGAUCGAAGACACGGAAGUGGGUUACAAUGUCAAUUGCAUCAUCGACGAGGAGAAGAGCUACUAUGCAGGGACCUGAGAGUGAUUUUCCUUGCGCCAAAGAAACGGCAGAGAAAAACAAUGCCAGCUCGUUAAAGGGACCACAAGAAGAAAUCUUUUGUUUUGUCGAAAAACCUGGUGGUGGUGAUAAAGUGCCGUAAAAGUUGGACGGCUCUUGAAUGGAAAAAUAGCUUUGCAGUGGAUUUCAUGAUCAAGAGAACUCCAGCCUUCAGAAAAUAAACUUCCAUACUGGCAGUUGUCUGUCUGAUAUUAGCCCUUAAUCUUUGACCUAAGGUUUAGAGCGUGUUUUGUAAUUUAACUACAGAGUGUCUGUGAAACGAUACGUACAAAGAUGCUGUAUACGUAUACAUGUAGGUAUUUUAAAAAAGUGUAAAUUUUUGUGAGUUUUUUAAUACAUUGAAAUCGAUGAUCCAACAGCAAAGUAAUUGUUUGAUGUUUUUGUGUACAUUUAAGUGUGCCGAUGAUGUAUUCAAUCGAAUCAAAAACCUUUUUCAACUUAGAUCUGUGUGCGUAUUGCUUACAAGGACUUUAGUGUAAGUUGCAACGUGCACCAUUUCUGUGGUGAACAAUAGGGCGUUGUUUCAUUGUGAAUACACUUUUAACUGUGUAAAAAUUUUGUAUAAAAAAUUUCUUGCUUGUGCAAAUAAUCAUAUCAUUGCAUUUGAAUUAAAGUCUGUUAAUUUUAGUGUUUAUUUUUAAUUGAUUAGCUCCCAAAAAU